CAGUUUAAUUAACGGGGAGUAGCAAUAACGAACGAUGAGUUAUAUAAUGUAGUCAAAGCCAAUAGUAAAUUACAACUACUGUAUCAAUAUGACUGCUGAUCGACAGUAGAUAAUGGACUCUUUUAUAUACACCUGGAAAACACUUUGAAAACAGAAAUGAAGCUAGAUAUUUUAGUGUUUUUCUUUGCAACCGUCGGGGCCUUAACUAGACCCGGACCUCCUUUGAUCAGCAAACGAGUACUUCGUGUUGCGCCAGCAGCGAAUCACAGUUUGUAUAAACUCAGUUCAAAUACUGGUAUCCCGAACCAUGGAAUAUGUGCAAAGUAUUGCAAAUCCGAAGAAUGCCUCUCAUUCUCCUACACGGUGGGUGAACAAACGUGUGAAACUUACUCCCGAUUGAUUGAGGAGGCAUCGGACGCUGAUAUAGCCAUGUCAACCAUGUACUUCUCUAGAGUUGUCCUGAGAAGCUGUGCAGACGUUCCGCAUAUGUAUCAUUCUGGUGUUUACAAAAUAACCACAACAGAACAGACCAAACUGGACGUCUACUGUGAUAUGGACACCGCCGAUGGACCGUGGACUGUGAUACAUAGACGGACAAAGGGAGAUGUUGAUUUCUAUCGUAAAUGGGCUGACUACAAGAAAGGAUUUGGUGAUAUUCAUGGAGAUUUCUGGAUCGGCAACGACAACCUUCACCUCCUGACAAACACUUCGAGGAAGCUACGUGUUCAAUUAAAGGCCUGGGACGGGACAUGGGGGUAUGCCGAGUACACGAAUUUCCAGGUGGCUGACGAAACUCAAAAUUAUAAACUUCUGGUGAAUGGUUUUUCCGGGAACGUGUCAUACAAUGCCAUGGAAAUCAGUAACGGCCGCAUGUUCACUACGAUCGAUAGAGACCACGACCAUGGCUCUGGUAAUUGUGCUGCCUAUGCAAAAAGUGGGUGGUGGCAUAGAAAGUGCGCAUGGGCAAACCUGAAUGGCGUUUAUCAUACACUUGCCGACAUGAAUACAUACAAAUCGUAUCAGACUUAUGGAGGAGAUUUCGCAAUGCGUUGGGCGUACUUUCCAGACCCUUCCAUAGCGCGAUAUCCACUAGAAAAGGCCAAGAUGAUGAUUCGAUAGACGCCAGUUUUAUAUGGCCACCCAAGUCAUCACUGCGUCUGACUCCAGUAAGAAUACGACUUUGUGGAAUAAGUGCACAUGUUUCUUUGGUUUUGCAUUAACAAGUUACAUGGUUGAAGAAUGGAGAGGUGAACAUAGUCCAUGGGAUAUCAAGGAUGUAGAUUCUAUAGAAUUCUUGAAAAGGUAUCAAUGGAUUUUUCGUGAUUUGUGUAAAUGUUUCCAUCUCUAACCCGUCGUUUUAACCAUUAGGAAAUCUAUUGAAGAUGAAAGUGAAAAAGUGAUCAUGCACUUCUAUGCAUUCGGUACCAUCGUUUUCAGUCUGGAACAAAUUUGAUUCGAACCGAUAACAUUUCGCCUCAUUCCAGACACGUAUGACAUAAAGUUUUUAAGAACAAGAUCUAUUUGAACAGGACAUGCGUAAAUAUUUAUUGAGAGGAAAACUUCAAAUGUAAAUGGUAAAGAUACUACAUCGCCAACAGAGUAUGAACUGUUCUCUGAAAAAAUACAUACAAUGGCAUGCAUUGUAUAGAGAUAUAUAAAUGUAACUGAAAAUG